CACCAGUCUCCGCGUAACCGCCGCUCCGAGCGCAUGUCAGUCGUCAACGCAUUCGGUUUUUCGCGGUUUUCCAACUAUUCAAACCCAGUGAGUGCCUGAAGCUAUUCAGUGAAGUGAAAUCUGCUGUACCGUGUUGUUUAUUGAUAGAUGUCCAAGAUUGUUGUUGGAUAACGUAUGUGCGGAUUAGACGGGAGCUUAAUGCGAUCAGCGCACACUGAUGUAUGACACCCACAUGGUCCGAGGAUGCGUGAGGAGGAGCUGGAGGUGGCGCUGAAGGUGGUGAUCGUAGGCGAUGGAGGCGUCGGCAAGUCCAGUAUGAUCCAGCGGUACUGCCGCGGGACCUUCACCAGGGAUUAUAAGAAGACUAUUGGUGUAGACUUCUUGGAGCGGCAAAUUGAGAUCGAUGGCGAGGAGGUGCGGCUCAUGUUAUGGGACACGGCGGGGCAGGAGGAGUUCGACGCCAUCACCAAGGCGUACUACCGCGGCGCGCACGCGUGCGUGCUCGCCUUCUCCACCACAGACCGGGACUCCUUCCUGGCGCUGCACUCGUGGAAACUCAAGGUGGAGAAUGAAUGUGGAGAAAUCCCGACCAUCAUAGUUCAAAAUAAAAUAGAUCUAAUGGACCAGUGCGUCGUCGGACCCGACGAGGCAGAGCUAGUGGCGCGUGCGCUGGGCUGCCGGCUCAUGCGUGCUUCAGUGAAGGAGGACGUGAACGUCGGUGCCGUGUUCCGCGCGCUGGCGGCGCGCUGCCUGGCCGACCAGCGGCGCGACGACGAGGACAUGCCGCCCUGCUCCGUCACCACGCCCGUCAUAGGCAACUUCACGAACUUGAGCAGCAAUGGCACAAUACUUCUGCGGCCAGUGAAGGCGCGGCCCGGCGGCAAGAAGAAGAACGUACUGAGAAACGCUUGCCGGAUACUUUAACUCGACCAACGUACCUUGAGACCAAGAACUAGACGCCA